AUCACAAAAAUCUGAAACUCUUAUAUGUUGAAAGAAUUUUUUAUAAGACAUGAUUUAUUUUUAUUUUUAAAGUACCUUCAUUGAUGUUUAAUCUUUUACCAGUGCUGCUGUUCUGUCUUAUUGUUGGUGAAAUUAGAAACUGCAAAUUUAAAAGUGAAUUUAAAAAUGUUGAAAUUGUGAGAAGGUAUAAUGAUCCAGACUUAAUAAUAUACAACGACAUGCACGAUGGAGAGCAAUGUCCAUCCUUAUGCUUCGCUAAAGAUGCUGUAUUACUUCAAAAGGAACCAUGUACUUGUGAAUGCAAAGCAAGCAAAGAAAUUUACGAUUCUUUGAAUGAACGUUGUGAAAGCAUGGGAAACAAGGCCUGUGAAAUUUGUGUAAUGAAUUCCAAAAUUUUAACACUCCAUGCCAAUCAACAGAAUUUAGCAUUAUGUGGGAAAGAAAAUUUACGAGAAACUAUUAGAGAUGUUGAUGAAAAAAGAAACUGUGCUGUAACUGGAUUCCAUUUUGAACAUUAUGGUUGGAAACAAAUUUCAAAUCUUGUUACGAGACAAAUAUUCACAUCUAAUGGUAGCACUGUGGAGUGGACUGGCGCCAAAUGUCAUCUUCACCUACUGUCGGGUUUGUUGAUCAAAUUAGAUAUGGUAUGUAAACAGCCGCUUUCAGAGUCGUGUUUACUUGUGAAGAUUCCUGGAAAACUGAAAGUUGGAAAUGAGAAUGCACACCGCCUAGAAUCAGAACUUACUAAAUGCAUACCGUCACAAAAUAUUAAACAUGAAGACGCCGUGGUUGUGGUACCAUCUUUAAAACCGCUUACAACUGAACCUGUCCACCUGAAAGAAGGAUCAAGCAAACUGAUUACUGCAGGAAAGAUUUUACCAACAAACAAGAUGCCGCACGACAGAUUGGAGAAGUCGUCUGAAGGUAACAACGCAAGAUUGAUUAUUAUCGCCAGUGUAACUGCUGCUAUCUGUUUCGUUAUGAUUGUUGUGACGAUCUUGUUAAUAUACAGAAGGAAUCAGAGAGAGGAAGAAGAAAGACGAGAGUCAGAGUUUAAUACAGAAUACACAUACACUGAGGAGAAAAGCCGAUCUGACAGUUUUUUCGACAAUCAGCUUCGGCAUGCUGUUUAUCCUAAUGCCCAAGGUUACCGAAAUAAAGCUUUUGUUAUCCCCACUAAAGCGGAGACUGGAACGAGUUCACCAAGAAUUGCUGAAGGUGUUCAAACAGAAAAGAACAACACAAACAAAAACAGGCUUAAUAUCGGUAACUAUGGUAACAGUGAUGCACGAAAUAAUAACAACACGGUGGAAAGCGAUAAAUUGGCUUGGCUUUCACCGCUACAUGUUGCCAUGGAAAAAGUUUCUCCUUCUCUACAUCGACGUAGAAGAACAUGGACGGUAUUCGAUCGAAAGGAGAGAAGAAACACAAACACAUCCAUACCUAAGAGUUCUUCUCAUACAUACGUGACGGGGGUAAAUAAUCCGGAGUUAGGCGAAGACAAUGUUUCGUAUGAAAACUCAAGUAUUCCGUUGCCGUUGCCGUUGCCGUUGCCGUUGCCGUCGCCGUCGCCGUCGCCGUUGCAAGGUUCAUGUCAAACUGGUGAUGACGCUGCGAUUAGCUGAUGUUUAGUGUUUGUGCUGUUAAGUACUCGCGCAUGAAGGUGUUAACGACGUGGAACAUUAUAUAACGCAGGUAAUACCGCAGACGACAAUCACCUCCAAUAAACAUGUUCACUCACCGCUGGAGUCAACUGUCCAGUUACAACAGGUUAUGUUGAUCAGUUGUAUUUAUUUAGCAGAUAGAAUGUCUUUCCGUUUAUGACGUCAAGAUUUUAAAAUGUUUUCAGUUUUUAUAUGGAACUAUUAAGAAAACAGUAUCCUUAGU